AUGAACACGCUUUUUUCCUGGACGGAGAGGGGCAAGUGUAAGAAAUUAAUUUUGUCAUUUUCGCUCGAGCCGUUUACUACAUUGGUGCAAGUAACUCGUCUGUUGUCAAUGGGUCUUGAAUUGUUUAUUCCUUCGCGACCUUUAGUGUCUACUCGUGCCAUUGUAGUGAGCGUGUACUUAUUUUUAUCUGGUGAAGCGCAAGCCGACGCAACUGAGGCGGUCCCGUCCAAGUUCCGGAAUGCACGUGAACUAGCCUCACACACACAGAUACCAUUUAUACAAGCGGAACGUAUACCACAGAUAUACAAUACGCUAGAAGGUUUGCGGACCUAA